GUCCAAUAAUAGAGCAGGACGGGGUUUAAAGGGAGCCGCGGCAGCGUGAGGGAGCGGCCGCCGGUUUGGCUGGAGAGCGGAACGGUUCUGUACGGAGCGGCGACAGCGGCCCCCCCUCGUGUCCGUGCCCAUGGCGCUGCCGGUGACGCGCCGUGCCCCUAUCACUAGAGGGAUGGAGAAUGCUGUGUCUGGCCUUAGAAGUAAAGCAAAACCCCCUGUGACUGGCAAAAGGGCUGCUUUAGAAGAAAUAGGAAAUAAAGUUGCAACAAGAGGAACACACAUAUCUAAGAAAACAGAAUGCCCCAAAGCAUCUGUAAAGCCUGUGAAAGGACCGAGCAAGAUGACAAACGAAAUUGUACUGCCUAAAGCUCCAGCUGCUGUUAAUCAAGCAAACAAAGAAACUGAUGUUCCAAAGGUUCUGUCUCCUGUCCCUAUGGAUGUAUCAAUGCAAGAGGAAGAUUUAUGCCAAGCUUUCUCUGACGUGUUGCUCAACAACGUAGAAGACAUUGAUGCUGAUGACUGGGAGAACCCCCAGCUGUGUAGUGACUACGUGAAAGACAUCUACCUGUACCUGAGGGAGCUCGAGGUAGGAUGCCCCAUGGCUGCCCCAGUGUCUCAGGGGGUUACCUGGCUGCUCACCCUGCUCUCCCCACAGCUGCAGCAGUCGGUCCGCCCGCACUACCUGGAUGGGAGGAUGACCAACGGGCGCAUGCGCGCGAUUCUGGUGGACUGGCUCGUCCAGGUGCACUUGAGAUUCCGCCUCCUGCAGGAGACGCUCUACAUGUGUGUGGCCAUCAUGGAUCGCUUCUUACAGAGUCAUCCAGUACCUCGCAAGAAACUUCAGCUGGUGGGCGUAACAGCGCUGCUUGUAGCUUCAAAAUAUGAAGAGAUAUUGUCUCCUGAUGUAGCAGACUUUGUUUACAUUACCGACAAUGCCUACACCAGUAGUGAAAUUAGAGAAAUGGAGAUGAUUAUUCUUAAAGAAUUAAACUUCGACCUGGGGCGACCUCUUCCAAUUCACUUCUUAAGAAGAGCAUCAAAAGCUGGGGAGGCCGAUGCUAAACAACACACUCUAGCAAAAUACCUGAUGGAGCUGACACUGAUAGACUAUGACAUGGUUCACCACCGGCCUUCAGAGAUUGCAGCUGCUGCACUGUGCCUGUCUCAGAAGAUUCUGGGACACAACAAAUGGGGUACAAAGCAGCAGUACUACACUGGCUAUGCAGAAGACAGUCUUGUGAUGACCAUGAAACAUAUGGCAAAGAAUGUGGUCAAAGUAAAUGAGAAGUUAACCAAAUACACUGCUAUCAAGAACAAGUAUGCAAGCAGCAAACUACUGACCAUCAGCACCAUCCCUCAGCUCAACAGUGAGGUCAUCAAGGAUCUGGCUGCAUCGCUCCUGUGAAGCCCUGGGCAGCCAGGACCUGAUGGGGUGUGCACUUUGUCUGUCUACUGCUUUUGUACAUAGCGUUCCAGUCUCCCAAAGACAGUUCCGACUCAUGCAGAAGGUGAUAUUUUAAAUUUACUUUGUAACACAGCUUUCUAUCUAAAAAUAAAACUCCUUUCUUUUAA